AUUCAGACGCCUGCCCGCAUACACACCAUUGCACCCGUAUCAAUUUCUAUCGGUCGAGAGUUGAAGUUUACAAUAUUGUGCUGACGAAGUCUAUCACCACAGAACAACAGUAGGGAAAGAUAGUAUAGAAAAAAUAGUGGUUUCCCAAGUCGCACUCAGCGAAACCCACCCCCCAGUUGCUUGAGCCUCUUGAUGGAACGCGUAGCGGUGUGAAGCCAAAUUAGUCGUUACUUUCAGUUGUUGAUCAUUUUUGUUGGCAAUCGAAGCGCGUACCCCGGUAAUGCGUACCGUUGCACUGCACUGCACUGCACUGCACUGAUUCAUCAAAUUAGUUGCAUUAGACUUCCCUAAAGCAGGAGAAAACGGUACAGAUCGUAGUGUACAGUGAGCGUAGCGAAUUAGCAAGAUGAUGGACGGAAUCGAAGAAAACGGAUCGUCACCGCAAGUGACGAGCCCGAACGUCGUCACCAACGCACCACCGGAAACCAUUGCAAGCUCUCGACAGGGAUCCAUAGAGGGUGGUGGAUCAACUACCACAUCAUCUACCGCCCUGCCGGAAAAUUCGCUUCUGGUCGACAUUUCCGAUGCAUUGAGCGAGAAGGAACGAGUGAAAUUUACCGUCCACACACGCACCAACCUGCCCGGGUUCGAAAAGCCGGACUUUCUGGUGGUCCGACAGCACGAAGAGUUCGUCUGGCUGCACGAUCGCUUCGAGGAGAACGAGGAAUACGCGGGCUACAUCAUACCGCCCUGUCCACCGCGGCCCGAUUUCGAUGCAUCGCGCGAAAAGCUACAGCGGCUGGGCGAAGGCGAGGGAAACAUGACCAAGGAAGAGUUCAAAAAGAUGAAGCAGGAGCUGGAAGCGGAAUAUUUGGCCACCUUCAAAAAGACUGUCGCGAUGCAUGAAGUCUUCCUGACGCGCCUCGCCUCCCAUCCCGUGUUUCGGGAAGACUCGCACCUGAAGGUGUUCCUGGUGUACGAUCAGGAUCUGUGCGCGAAGAUGAAGAAAAAGAUCGACAUCUUCGGUGGGUUGGUAAAGAGCAUCGGGAAAACUACCGACGAAAUCUACCUCGGCACCAUGGUGAAGGACGUGAACGAUUUCUUUGAGCACGAGCUGCAAUUUUUGGGCGAGUACCAUGCACACCUGAAGGAGGCCGCCAUACGGACGGAGAAGAUGACCAACAAACACAAGGAUGUGGCCGAUUCGCAUGUGCGCAUUUCGUCGCAACUGCUGGCCCUGUCGACCGCUGAACAUCAUGGCUCGAUGGAAAAGUUUCUAGCAAAAACAUCUGACAUUUUCGAGAAAAUUAGGAACAUGGAAGGACGUGUCGCAAGCGAUCAAGACCUUAAGCUUGGCGAUACGCUACGAUACUAUCAGCGAGAUAGCAAUGCCGCCAAGGCAUUACUCAUCCGUCGCUUACGCUGCUUGGCGGCGUACGAGGCGGCCAACCGGAACUUGGAAAAGGCACGGGCCAAAAACAAGGACGUACACGCGCCGCUGGAAGUGCAGGAGGCGGAAACUGCACAGACGCAGGCGUGUGAAAAGUUUGAAUCCAUGUCGGCACGCGGCAAGGAGGAGCUGGUCAGCUUUAGGUUGCGCCGUGUGGCUGCUUUUAAGAAAAGUUUGACCGAUCUGGCAGAACUGGAAAUAAAGCACGCCAAAGGACAGUACGAAUUUUUACGCCAGUCUUUACUCGCCUUACAAGAGUUGGUUUAAGUUGGUGGGGUUCCGGCCACAUAGAUCAACUAAUAAAACCGUCUCCGUAGCCGUCUGUCUGUCUGUCUGUGUGGAACAAUAUAAGCUUCUAUUUGCCUCCCCUCCACGGUCAUUGGACAAAGUUCCGCCGGCGAGAAGAAGAAACAGAACGAAAUAGAAGGAUCUAUAUGAGCAAAAGUGAUUCGCAAGCAUAUGAACUGAUCAUCUCGAACCAUUGUAAUGAAAGAGCGUCGUUAAGAAAAAGCGAAGCAUCUUAAUUCCCGGUUCCACCCUCUCCAGUGGAUACUGCAACUAGUAUUCUCCCAUACAUCAAACGCAUAACCCGGUUUUAGGCGAAGAAGUAGAACUAAACACAUUGUUGAAAGCAUUGUCGCUCUAUUACUACAUUCUAUUGUUGGUUGUUUAGAUUAGGAGACCGCGAAGGUUUUUGCGAGCGUUCUGUUGAAGCAGAGUUUGUUCAUUUCCCUUUCCCUUUUCUUUUAUUCAUCCAUCUUGUUUCAUCAAAUAUUAAAUAUUUGACCUUUAUAUUAUAUUACUUUGUUAUUAGCGUAUGGGUUAUAGCGCUCGAAUCGAAUGAAAUCAUCGUGAAUUAUAUUAUACAUGUAUUGCACUACAUUAGCCUUCCUGCAUCAAUAAUAUUCAAGAUUUGGUUCAGCAUUAAAAUAGAAAAAAAAACAAACAAAAUCACGUACGAAAGCUCUCGUAUGUUUGUAGGGUGUAAGAAUGUAAGCAAAGGAACAUAUUAUAUGAGGAACACGGAAGGGUGUUUUUAGUCCAGUUUUUUUGUGGCGCAAAGAAUAGUUAGGGGAAAGUCGCAUGCGUUCAUCGAAAGCGGCAACAACUAGCCUCCCCCCCCCCAAACUGUGUGCUGCGUGACAAGUAGAACAAUCUAUUGGCAUUUUAUUUUUUCUACUAUACUCUUUAUACACACUUGCGAUUGUUCUGUUCUUUCUCCGCGUUUCCCGCCCAUUCGCCGAUCGAUGUCAACAGGCGAUGAAUCAACAGGCGAUGAAUCACGUACGGCGUACGACGCGCAUUUCGAGGCCUGCGCAUGUUUCUGUAUAGGAGAAAGCGUACCAGUCGAACACAGCAGCAAUUUGUAUGAAAUAUUUGGAUGAAAUAAACAACAAUCGACCACAGAGA